GCUGCGUCGGCCGCUCGCGUCCCCGCUGCCCUCACCUCCUCACCGGCGUGCUUCACUGGAGAUCCCCGCUGUUGGUCGGACUGUGCGCGGACCCUCACGGACAAGAUGAGCCCUCGGUCCCGGAGCUGGCUGCAGGUCUGGUGCCUGCUGAGCCUCGGUGCUCUGACCCGGGCUCUGGAGCUGGAGGAGCUGUUCGAGUUCGGAGAAGAAGCCGGAGACCAGCAGCUGCCUCCCGGAUCGGACUCCACCGCGGAGCUGGCUCUCAACGGGACCCUGUUCUUCUUCAGCGAGACCUUCGACAAAGUCUACAUCAACACCAACGGAUUCGUGUCGAUGGUCGACCCUCCGCCUGAGGACCAGUACCUCGGGAAGAUGCCCGCCAGUUUUAAAAUGAUGGCGGCCCUGCUGGGAGACCUGGACAACAGCGACGGGCAGGGCAGGGUCUACUACAGGACCGACAGCAGCCCGGAGGUUCUGAGCCGAGCCGCCGAACACGUCAGACAGGCUUUCCCCAGAGACGACGGCGUGAACCCCAGCAGCACCUUCAUCGUCACCUGGGAGAACAUGGCCGCCAGGGGGACGUCAGGACGAGGAGACGGGCUGGACGCGAAGAGAAACACCUUCCAGCUGGUUGUGGCGUCCAUGGAGUCGUCCUCCUGCGCCAUCCUCCUGUACCCCAGAGACCACCUGCAGUUCCUCUCCACCCUGGUAGAGGGCGAGAGUGAGCCCCUGGAGGCUGGCUUCAAUGAAGGCCUGGUGCCUGGAUGGUUCUGGAAAACCACACAGGGAACGUACUUCCAGAUUCCCUCUGAGGACGAAGGCUCCAUCAGCGAUCUAACAGAGAAAACCACCUCAGGCCAGUACGGAGUCUGGGUGUACGAGGUCGGCUCCUCUCCCAUCUUUUUAUCCAUCACACCCGGGAUGGUCUCUGGCCCGCCUCAAGAGGAGGAACCCACCACGCCUCCUGUGCCUACGCUGCCCCGGCAUUCCUCUACCGACAGACCCAACGAGGUACCUGAGUCCCCCACUGACGCUCCUGCCCGGUACCAACCCGGUUACCCAGGAGCCGGUACGACCACACCUGGUUACCCCGAACUAGAGACGGAGGAUUACGGAGACCCGGACCAGUUUGAGCCUGAAUCUGUCACAUCAGCGUACACCCAUCCUGAGAGGGCUGGACCGAGGCACCCAGGACAGCACGAGCCAAGGUACCCUGAUGAAACCAAGACCGGGUACCCCGAUCACAGAUACACCCCUGUCCAGCCAAGGUACCCCGACCCUGUCCCAGCUGAACCAAGAUACACCAACCCUGAUCCAGUCCAACCAGGACCGCCUUAUGCCCGACCCCACCAGCCCCAGAUCGUGGUGGUAGACGAAGACGAGGACCUGGAUGUAAACGUCUUUGCGUACAACCUGGAGACGUGCGCUCACAACAGGCACAAGUGUUCGGCUUUUGCUGACUGUCGGGACUACAGCAACGGCUACUGCUGCCACUGUCGUCCCGGUUUCUAUGGAAACGGGCAUGACUGUGUGGCUGAGGGAAAACCUCAGAGAAUGAACGGGAAAGUGAACGGGCGAGUGUUCGUUGGGAACUCCCCGUCUCCUAUCGAGCUCCAAAACAACGACCUGCACUCAUACGUGGUCGCCAACGAUGGUCGAGCCUACGUGGCCAUCAGCAACAUCCCCAAGAGCCUGGGCCCCUCCCUGCAGCUGCUGUCCUCGCUGGGUGGAGUCAUCGGCUGGGCGUUUGCUCUGGAGCAGCCCGGGUACCAGAACGGCUUCAGCCUCGUCGGUGGCGUGUUCUCCCGCCAGGCCGAGGUGAUCUUCUACCCCGGUAAUGAACGUCUGAGCAUCAAGCAGCAGUUUAAAGGCAUCGACGAACACGACCACCUGGUGGUGAGCACCGAGCUAGAGGGACGCCUGCCCGCUAUCCCGCUGGGAUCCUCGAUCCAGAUCAACCCGUACAAAGAGAUCUACCAGUACGACAGAAACUUGAUCACUUCCUCCUCAAACCGCGACUACACCAUCACCUCUCCGGACGGCUCGGCCCAGACCAGAAGCUACCAGUGGCGUCAGACGAUCACCUUCCAGAGCUGCCAGCACGACGAGGCCAGCAGGGCGGCGCCGUCGACCCAGCAGCUCAGCGUGGACCAGAUCUUUGUGAUGUUUGAUUCUGACAACGACCUGAUACGCUACGCCAUGAGCAACAAGAUCGGAUCGGUCCACAGCGGUCUUCCAGAGCAGAACCCCUGUUUCACUGGCAGACACGGCUGUGACAUCAACGCCGUGUGCAGAGCAGGCGAAGGCCUCCAGUUCAGCUGUGAGUGCACCGCUGGAUUCACUGGAGACGGACGCUAUUGCAACGAUAUCGACGAGUGCAGAGAGACGUUUAACGUCUGUGGGAACAACGCCGUCUGUGCCAAUCAGCCCGGAACGUUCCGCUGUGAGUGCGUGACCGGCUAUGUGUUCGCCAGCGACGGACGGACCUGCAUCGAGCACAGCGGUCCCAUCGAUCAUUGUCGGAGAGGAAGUCACGACUGCGACGAUCCCAGACGAGCCAUGUGCAGCUACACCGGAGGCUCCGCCUACAUCUGCUCCUGCCUGCCGGGGUUUGUGGGCGAUGGCCGGGUGUGUCGGGACGUCGAUGAGUGUGAACACGAUCGAUGCCACCGGGACGCGUCCUGCUCCAACACAGAGGGCUCCUUCUCCUGCCAGUGUAAGCCUGGUUUCCAUGGAGACGGCUUCCAGUGCAGCCCCACAUCCACAGAGCGCGAGAAGACACGGUGUGAGCGUCACAGAGAGAGCGCUCAGGCCGCCACCUCCGGCUCAGGGAUCUUCUCUUUCUUCCGUCCCCGUCCCGCCGUCGGUCAGUACGUCCCUCAGUGCGACCAACACGGCGCCUACGAGCCCACACAGUGUCACAGCAGCAUCCAGCAGUGCUGGUGCGUGGACGCCAACGGUCAGGAGAUCCCCAACACCCGCACGGGUCCCGGCAGCGUCCCCCUGUGUAUCGAUCAGGUGGUGACUCCCGCUCCAGUCGGUCCGACUCCUCGCCCCGACGUUCACCCCGUCGCCCCAGGAACACACCUGCUGUUCGCUCAGAGCGGGAGGAUCGAGCACAUUCCUCUGGACGGAUACAGGUUCAGAAAAGACGACGCCAAACCUCUGCUGCACGUCCCCGACCGCGUGGUGAUCGCCCUGGCUUACGACUGCGUGGACAAGAUGGUUUACUGGACCGACAUCACCGGACCGGCCAUCAGCAGGGCCAGGCUGAGCGGGGGCGACAUCAUCCCCGUCAUCACUACAGAGCUCCAGAGUCCUGAGGGCAUCGCCAUAGACCACGUGUCCCGCCUCCUCUUCUGGACUGACUCCAUGCGAGACACCGUGGAGGUCUCCAAACUGGACGGCAGCGAUCGACGAGUCCUGUUCAACACCGACCUGGUCAACCCUCGACCCAUCGUUACCAACCCGGCGUACGGACGGAUCUUCUGGGCGGACUGGAACAGAGACGGACCAAAGAUUGAGAUGUCCAACAUGGAUGGGACAGACAGGACCGUGCUGGUAAAGGAUGAGCUGGGGCUUCCAAAUGGUCUGACCUUUGACCCUGACAAUCAGCAGCUGUGCUGGGCAGAUGCAGGUACCCGUAAGGUGGAGUGUAUGGAUCCUCACCGCCGGCUGAGGAGGCAGGUGGUUGAAGGGAUCCAGUAUCCAUUCUCUCUCGUCUCCUUUGGAAGGAACCUUUACUACACGGACUGGAGGAGGGAGGCGGUGAUCGCCGUGGACAGUCAGACGGAUACAGAGACAGAAGAGUUCCUGCCGCAGAGACGCUCCCGGCUGUACGGCAUCACCACCACGCCCACGCAGUGUCCACAAGCCUACAACUACUGCUCCAACAACGGCGGCUGCUCUCACCUCUGUCUGCCGCGGCUCGGCGGCUUCACGUGUCGCUGCCCGGACGCCGCCGCCGGCAGCUGUGAGGAGAGAAACCUGUGAGGUCUGCAGAGCGACGAGAACGCCGCCACCGCUGCUGCCGAGAGAAACGAAACACACUUAACUGAAUCCACGUGUUUUCUACUUUUCUUACUUGAACUGAACAUUUCUACGGUCAUUUUAGAGUUUUAUGUUUUUAUUUUUGGCCCUAAAAAGCUGUUCAGACCUCGCCUCGUCUACGACGCCACAUUACAGCACAAACACAGGGACGCCGUCCUGUUCACGCCACAUUUAUAGAUGAUGUCGUGUUUCUGACAGCUGAGGGUUUAAAGGUACCAAAUGAUGAACGUUAUGUUAGUUUUGACUGUUUUUAGUGUUUUUACCGCUCUGCUCUGACAGAUUUCUGCGAAAACAAUCCGAGUCUUAGAUUCAGCGACAGAAACCCUCGACUCUGAUGGUCGGCUCACUCUGGGAACAAAGAAGUUUAAACGUUUUUAUGCUUUAAGGUGGAAAUUCAGGUGAUUUUAAACCUGGCCAAGGUUUAGAAUAAGGGACCACUAUUCCUGAGAUCAGCAGUGUCGGGUUUAAACUUUGAUUUGAUCCUGUGAAAAUAUAACCAUAGAAAAAACCUGUUUGAUAUAACAGCAUUGGCGGUAAAGUAGGGAUGCACCGAUCCACUUCUUUUCAGUUCUGAUCUGAUUCCAAUAAACAUGUGCCGAUACGAUACUGAUUCAGAUAGAUAGAUAUAUAUAUGAAUAUAUAUAUAUAUAUAUAUAUAUAUAUAUAUAUAGCUCCGCCCACCUCCAUGGCCUCCUCCUUAAAACUCCUCCUAGUCUUGAGCUGAGGACGGCCCCCUUCCUCUCAUAAGGCAAAUUUACUAAACAGAAAACCAACAUUGAGUUUUCAUAGGUUUCUCGUGAUGGAGAAAAGCUGCUAAAAGGGCACUUCCACAUUCAGGCUGGAGGCGGGAACCCUGUGGUGCCUUUUUGUUGCAUUUCUCCAUCAUUCUAAGAAGUUCCAAAUGAAAACUAAACGUUGGUUCUCUGUUUGGUAAUUAGGGGUCCUUUUUUGAAAAACGACCAGCAGUAAAGAGCAGAGGGGGCGGAGCUAGGUUUAAAAAAGGAAAUGACAUUAUCUGGCUGUGGUAUCAAACAGGAACCAGUAUGGUUUGAUUUUCUCUAGAAUAAUUUCUAAGUUUAAGAUUCUGGCAUUGUGACGGUGCUUUAAACAUUCUGUUAGUUUUAGUAGAACUGAUCUACAGCUAAGCCCCGCCCCCUUAGCUCUGACUGCCUGCACGCUGUCUAAGCUCAUGUUAGUGGUUUUCUUUUGGGGGAGAGUUUAGAGUUUAUGUGUGUCAGAAACGACCGCGGUUCGACCAUUUUCAGGAUUAUUGCCGUCUCCAGCCCGGCUGAGUGUUGAGCUGUGAGAGAUGUGAUUGGCCUGAUGUUUUGGAGGGCGGGGCUUAGCGAUAGCUCAGUCUUGUUGGGUUCUGUGUGAAAUACAGGGAUCUUCAUGUGUAUGAGUUUUUUAUGAUGUGACUAACGUUGAAACCAAAGAUGAAUGAGGCUGGUGUUCAUGUUUUCAUCUUAUAAAUGAAGUUUUAAUCUGAUUUGUGGUUCUAGUGAUCUUAUACCAUAGUGUUGGAUGAUUUGACUCUGGUGCGUGUUCUUCCUCACGUUUUUAGUCGGACCACUAACAGAACCAGCCGUCCUGGUUUUAAUAAGGGCUAAAUGAGAUUUAUUCAGUUGUUUCUGACUCAGUGUAUUUUAUAUGAAUGUGUAAAUAAUCUCCUUCUAUGCAGACGAUGUUCUGAUGUCUUAAAGUUGCUAAUGUUAGCCUGAGACCUACCUGAUGAUGAAGGUGGUGGUAUUCUAGAGGUAAAGGUGAUGAAGCCCCUCCAUGACCUUUCAUGUAAAUCAUCUAGAACUAGAACCAGAUUUAGGACCCUGGUUGUAAACGUCGACUAAAUGCAAAGAAAACAGAACAAAUGUCAAAGACAGCGGCUCCGUCCCAUUUCUAACUGCUUGUUUUUGGCGCCCCCUUGUCCUCUGUAGCUGUGAAAUGGAACGAUCCUUCCUGUUCCUGCUAGCCGUUGAUGUUAGCGGAUGUGACGAUGAUUCCGGACCUUUCUACUACAGGGGGUUUUCUAAAGGGCCUGUUUGACAUCUAAGGGACCAGGAAGCUUUGUUAUUAGAUUGUUGUCCGAAUGUUCAAGUCUUGCUGAUGUUUGCAAGGCUUUCUGGGAGAUUUCCCACCACACUCUAUUCGAAGGGUACCUCUGGAAAGUCUUUAGACCACAUAGUCCCAGGACUUCACCCUACCCCUCUAUUCUAACAAGUACCGGGACGUGGAUGUGAAGGUGCUAAAUGUAGAGGUCGGCUACGUGGUCAAGGUCCAGGGUUGGACCGGGCCUGAGACCACGACCUCGGUAGCAUUUCAGCUUCACCUGAACAGAAAUGGUUAUGAGGGCCUGAAAGGUUAGAGUUCAAGGGUCAAAACGUCUGCGGUACAGCCUGCAAGUAUGAGAUGGGAAUGAAUGUUGGCCUCCAGUUUAGAGGCUAGCGGAGCCUUUUUAACAGCUUUUCACCUUCAUGUUGUCACAAACAUGCUUUUAAAGGACACGCUGAUACACUAGCUCACUAACUGGUGGAGUACUGGUUAGACUGGAAUGUAUGUGAGAGGCAAGGAUGGAAUAUUUGUGAAGCUGGGGAUGUUGGGGGCUAUUUCCUUCAAGUUUAGCCAAAUAACUAAGGAGGCACUCAUGUAUGAGGGAGGCGUUUACAUGACGGGGACAUGACGGGGCUCAGGUGUCUGGUGGACUAUGACGCUCAUGUAUGAGGGAGGCGUUUACAUGACGGGGCUCAGGUGUCUGGUGGACUAUGACGCUGAUGUAUGAGGGAGGCGUUUACAUGACGGGGGCAUGACGGGGCUCAGGUGUGCAGGUAGAGAACAGGUAGGUGGGUGUGGCAUUGGCAGACCCAGCUCAGGUUUAAAUAAAACCUCCUCAGGGAGGACACGGAUCAGUCCAGCAGGGCUGUAACUCAUCAGCGACUGUGAAAUAGAUCAGUGAUUCUGGUUUCCUAUGAAGGUCCUAGACUAGAGCGGGGGGUCCUGCAGAGGCUCUGAGGAUAGAGGAACUGUUGUGUGAACAUGGAAAACUGUAGCGACCACAGAGGAACAUUAACCACCUGUACA